AGCGGGCCCGGGAGCGGAGCCGCCCACCCGGGAAGAAACGAUUUACUGAAGGAGAAGCCGCCGGCGAGCGCUGCGUGCGGGGGUGCGGGCACGGGAACGCGGCCUUUCGGGCGCAAUCUCGGCUCAUUUUCUCUAAGCAAUACAAGUUCACGGACGAGCUACCUAGCCAGCCCUCCUCUCCAGUCAUGGACCUCACAGGCUGCUGCGCGCCGCCCGCCGUCUGAGGAGGCUCCUUCGCCCCGCGCGGAGGAGGAGGAAGAGGAGGAGGAGGAGGCGGAGGAGGAGGCGGCGGAGGAGGAGAAGGGGAGGAAGGCGCGGCCCCAGCCGCCGCUGCCCAGCCGCCGUCCCGCAGAGCGCUGGCCGGAGGGCGCCGCGGCGGCAGCAGCGCAGCCCGCUCCGCCUCCCCGCGGCCGCCCGCCCGCGGCGGCGGCGGCGGCGCGGGGCGCCCGCACGGCGGCGGCGAGCCGGAGCGGCGGCGGCGGCGGCGGCGGCGUCGGUCCGGCGCUGGGCAUGGGGCGGCGGCGGCGGGGGGCGCUGCCGGAGCCGGCGGGCGGCUGCUGCUGCUGCCUGGCGGCGGCGCUGCCGCUGCUGCUGCUGCUGCUGCCCGCCGGGUGCCCGGUGCGGGCGCAGAACGACACGGAGCCCAUCGUCCUGGAGGGGAAGUGCCUGGUGGUGUGCGACUCCAGCCCCUCGGCCGACGGCGCCAUCACCUCCUCCCUGGGGAUCUCGGUGCGCUCGGGCAGCGCCAAGGUGGCCUUCUCGGCCACGCGCAGCACCAACCACGAGCCCUCCGAGAUGAGCAACCGCACCAUGACCAUCUACUUCGACCAGGUAUUAGUUAAUAUUGGCAACCAUUUUGAUCUUGCUUCCAGUAUAUUUGUAGCACCGAGAAAAGGGAUAUAUAGUUUCAGUUUCCACGUGGUCAAGGUCUAUAACAGACAAACCAUCCAGGUAAGUUUAAUGCAAAACGGCUACCCAGUGAUUUCAGCUUUUGCAGGGGAUCAGGACGUCACCAGAGAAGCAGCCAGCAAUGGGGUCUUGCUCCACAUGGAAAGAGAAGACAAAGUGCAUCUCAAACUGGAAAGGGGUAACCUCAUGGGAGGGUGGAAAUAUUCAACCUUUUCCGGCUUCUUAGUCUUUCCACUAUAAAAGAAGGCCAAAUAGGAGACAGAUCCAUGAGCCAGAGCAAGGAUUCAAUCGUUAACGACACCCUGAACUUGGCAGCACAUGACAAUAUUUCCAGUCACCCCAUCAGACUGUCACGGUAGAAGAAUGAUAACCUUCUAAGCUCCAACAUUUGCUUUGAAUAUUGACAAUUCCUCGGGAACCUGCUCCUCUAAUUAGUUUUAGACGACAGUGAUCUUUAGGAGAAAUGAAAUUAUCGACCUGAGCAAUUUGUACCUGUGAUUGUAAAGUCAAUUUCGGAUUUUAUUGUUGGGAUCAUUGACUUUCUUAUUAUUUUUUAUUUUUUUCCUCUCUUUCAUUUUUCCCUCUUUUUCUUUCUCUUGUUGUUGUCCCAAUGAGACAAAUAACUCGGACCACACAAUCGCUUUGUCAAAGGCUCGAUCCAGAGCCGGAAGAAUGAAGUGUUCAGCCCAAUGAGGUGUUCUUUCCAUGCUUUAUUUCUUUGUGUUGUAUAGCCUUAAGGAAAAAAGAAAAAAAAAAAAAGAAAAAAAAAAAAGGGGGGGAAAAAAAAAGAAUGGCUUCAGUCUCAGUCCUGUAUUUUUCCGGGGGAGGGGGAUUCUGGACAUUACUGUGUCAAGAAGUGCUUUAUCCAGUGAAGCGAAAUUUGCACGAUUGGAACCUUAUUUGUUUUGUGUUGUUCGUGUUUUUCAUCGACUUUUUCUUUUUCCUGAUUUUUGUUUGUGUGUGCUAAAAAUGUAAGCUAGAUUGAUCAAUAAGACAAAACAAAGCACAUAUAUACCCUGUAGCUCUAAGUAAAGCUAACCAGUGAACAAUUCCGUCUGCACUUUCCAGCUGAUCUUUAUAGACCUAUUUAGAGAGAGAGAAAGAGAGAAUAAGAGCGAGAGAGCUACGUGAUCCUUCAAUUACAAUCUGGAAACUGGUAAAGGAACUGACAUUUCUGAAUUGUCCUGACAUUUCUAGAAGCAACAAUGGAGGCUUUGAAUAUCUUCUCUGACCAUACUCUAAAAUAUAUCCUUUCUUUGCAUUACCGAGCGUAUUUUGGGUGCUUUUAUCUGAUAUUUAUUUGAUGUAUUUGUCCACUAAUGCUUGAGUACACAUUGUGGGAGCACGGAGAGAUGGCAGAGCAAACUCUUCCUCUUCCAAAUUAAAUAAAACCAUCUCCACUUGACCUCUCAGUGGCAAGUAUUGGAGGAUUUGCCGCUAGCAUCUUUGACAGCCUUUGGGAGAGGGACCUCAGAGGAUCAGCAAAUGCGUCAGAAGUUGCACCGGUGCUGUGCACUUACUAGCCGUGUGUGCUUUUCCCAGUACCAAUGGCCUCAGAGUUCUGGGGGUGGACUGACAUCGAUAUUGGAGGUUAGGAAAAGUUAUUACCCCAAUCACCGAGAGGUAGAGCAUCAGGCCAAUGUCAGUUGCAUCCUUUUGCGUCAUUCUCAAUAAACAGAUCUUGCUUCUUCACUUUUUUUAUGAAGGCUGGUGUAUUAGUGUGCUGAGGAACGUCUUGCUUGAGGAGAUCUAGGAGGAAUGUUUAUAUUAUUUUAUAUUACUUUUGUCUUCAUUUAUUUAAUUUGAAAUAUUUCAUCUUGCUAUUAAUCCCACAAGCGUGGGUGUGUAUAAGAAUUUAUUUUUGUCAGAUUUACUCCUCUGCCACAAACAAAUAUAAUGCAAAGUCAUUUGCAGCAAAUCGGUGGUAGCUACGUUGUAUUUCAGAAUAAUGGUGGACAUGUCAUUCUCAUUGUAAAUUUAUCAUUAAAGGGACAAAGUCAAUUAAAGUCAUAUAUUCUUAAAAAAACCACCUAUCUGUGUUGCUUAUGAUACCUCAGAUGGCUAAAACAUAAGCCAAUUUAAUAUUUAAUAUUUUCGUGUUUUUUCACCAUUGAUGCUGGUUUUUGCCUUGGCAUUUCACUGCCGGUUACUGAUUGGGUUUCGGGUUUGUUUUUUAAUGGGUUGCAUUUUCUAAUUCCUCCCUGUGCAUUGGCGUAACUGCAAUGUUUUUAACUGCAAAAUAUCACAGGGCUAUGUUUAAAUACAUGAAAUAAAACCUGAGUCAGCAGCAACCUUUUUCUAUUGUAAUACAAAGUAGUUAGGAAAACAGUUGUCUUAAUGGUAGCUAAUGCAAAUACUUUUAAAUCUAAAUCUUUGUGUUUAAAACCUGAUCAUGUCUCUCAAGGAAAUAGGCACCGAGGUGGGUUCAAGGUCCCAAGUUUUCAGUUUUUGUUAUGUUUCCUCAGUCUUAUUUUGAAAUUCUGCCUACCAUAAUAACUUUUAGUCUCCCAUUUAUCUCAGUUCAUCUGGCUUGAAUAAGGCAAUGACAUCUUAGUUUUCGCUCUCUUCUAAGCCAAAUGAGGCCAAUGACAAGGCUUUCCUUGGAUGUAUUCUUGGAACUUUCUUAAGCCACUGAAGCUGCAGAAUCUGACUAUCCCACUUCAUGUAUUCAAGUUCAGUGAUUUUGACCAUGCUUAUUUUAUAAAGCUAAAUAUGUGUAUAUGAUAACCAAUCUUCUUCUGAAAUUAAAGGAGGUCUUUAAUACA